AUGUCAUGGUUUACUGAGCUUGCGGGCAAAGCAGAGUCACUUUUGGAGAAAGUUGACAAUGUUGCAGCCACAGCAUUGACAAAGGAGCAAGCUGACAUUCAAAAUGUUGGACUAAACAGCAGUGGUACCACACCUUUACCAUCUGUGACCCCUGCUUCUACUCAAAGAACAAGUUCUGUACCACCCAGUGGACAACAGGGAAAUAUUACGAGAUCAGCAAGUGACACUAGUGUUUUAGGUUUGUAUAUUCAGUGAUUCACAGUUCACAUGAUAGACAACAGGCAUGGAUGGUCUUCUUGUACUUAUGGACUGUUCAUAUGAUGCCAAAAUGACUUUCACUCCAGAGUGAGUUUCAUUCCAGAGUGAGGUUUGUACUGCAUUCACCUGAUAAAAUGGAAUGGCUCAGCCUGAGGAGUUCUUGCUCGCACCAGAUCAGAUAUGGGUGUAGAACAUGUCUCAGACCACACGAUUUUCAGUCAGUCUGGAACAAAGUUCGUGUUCAGUUUACAUUGUACCAGAAUGAAAUUUGGUAAAAAAAAAAUGCUCGUUUACCCACGAAGCACGUAGGAGUUCAUAUGAACUCGUUUAAAUGUGUCCAUGCGUUCCAGAUCGAAUUGAAAUUUGGAAGUGUUAGUUUUUGAGGAGAGGGGAAAACUGGAGUACCCAGAGAAAAGCCUCAAAGAGCAAGGGAGAGAACCAACAACAAACUCAACCCACAUAUGGUGUCGACACUGAGAUUUGAACCCGGGCCACAUUGGUGGAAGGCGAGCGCUCUCACCACUGGGCCACCCUUGUUCCCCAGAAGGGGAGAACGAAUUUCAAUUCAGAUUGAAAACUGGAAUGGACUCAUACCAGAAUAACUUAUACUGGAAUGAAAUGUCAGUUCGAUAUCAUGUAAACAAAUACAGAGAAAUAUAUGGAGAUGGAAUGAACUUGUUCCAGAAUGAAAAUCAUUUCCCCGCAAAAUAACGUCUGAGAAACAAGUGCAGAAAUUCCAUACUGAUGAUCUGGGAAGUGGUUCUGGUUGGUUGAAGCAAAUUUUCAGCCAAUCAGAAGCACUACCCAGGUCUGGGUUGUGAUGGUCAUUAGUAUAGAAUUUCUGCACUCGUUUCUCAGAUGUCGUUUUGUGGGAAAACCAGUGGUUGGGUUGUGAAAUGUCAGCUGUUUUCUGAAGCUACUAGUAACUAGUUUCUUUCUGCACUCAGGUGGGCCCACAGUUCCCAUCAAGUCUCGUCUCCCUCCUUCUGGUACCAGGACACCCCCUAGGGUGGCACGAACAGAAAACAAAAGUGAUGAUAAAUUAUUUGAGUUCCUGAACAGCAACAUUCCUGCCACGAAAGAACGAAAAGUGAUCAAGCCAAAGGUGUCUGGGGAAAGCUCUUCAGAAGCAGUGUCAAAACCCAUUAGUAAUAUGGAGGAGACCCAAGUUGAAUCCAUAGAUGGGAAACUUAACGAGGGUGAGCUGAUACACUUGCUACUCUGAUGCCCUCAAAAUUUUUAUUUUAUCCCUCAUUUAGAAUUGUAGCGUGUGGAGAUUCUCUGCUGUAAUUUUUCAAGAACCAUGAAGUUUUUAGUAGUAUAUCACAUGAAAAGAAAUAUCCAUUUUUUAUCAUGAUAUAGUGUUUAGGGUUGCAAAAUCUUCAUUAAACUCUUUAACAGUAGAUGAGGUUAAGUGUAGGUGCCNAUUUAGAAUUGUAGCGUGUGGAGAUUCUCUGCUGUAAUUUUUCAAGAACCAUGAAGUUUUUAGUAGUAUAUCACAUGAAAAGAAAUAUCCAUUUUUAUCAUGAUAUAGUGUUUAGGGUUGCAAAAUCUUCAUUAAACUCUUUAACAGUAGAUGAGGUUAAGUGUAGGUGCCCUAGAGGAUGGUGAUGCCAGGUGUAUAAGAGAUGAACAGAAUAUAUCCAUGGCAACUAGUGAGUGGUAACCAUCAAAACUCAUCCCGACAGGCUCUUCUAACUGAUGAAUGAUGCUAAAUGAGUUAAAAGCCAGUGUAGUGAUAAGAUUUUAGGGAAGUUAAGCAUGGUGGGAAUCUGGAUUGCAAGUUACAUGUAUCUUGCUACCCUGAUUGGGGGUUUUCUAUUUCUAGGUUACAGUAUUCCAUGGCUAAAUAUUAUUUUGUUAUUAGGAACUGUUGCAAAAACUGAUGAUAAGGCUCAUGAGGUCAGUGCUGUUUCUAACGGUCCAAGUGUGGAAGAGCCCAAGUCACAAGAAAUGCCUCAGCAUGAUGUUGUUGCAAUAAACAGUGGCCACCACACAGAUGAUCACCAUAUGUCUAACCUUGAGCUAGAAAACACAUUACUGAGAAAAGAGGUGGCUUCUUUGAAUGAAGAAAUGGUGUCUGUAGUGCAGAGGGCAAAAGAAGCUGAAAAAAGUAAG